UUCCUCCCCUUACUAAUGACCCAAAAAAACCUAUAUUUUAUUUUAUUUUAUGCUUUCCUGAAUAGUGCUGGCUGGGUUGGCCUGUUUUCGAUGGCGGGCUCCGUCAUGAAUCUCUCUGGGCCAUUGGUUGUAAAGCCCGUAAUUGUAUCCAUUUUUCAUUAAUUCGGCUGUUAUUUAUUUAAAUUCUGCCACAAAACGAAACGAAUCAAACGCCGAAACUCAAUAGCGCGCCAAGAAGCUGCGUAUCUCAUUCUCAUGACCAUCGACUCUCUCGUCCUCGGCGCUGGGCAAGAGGUAGGUAAGAGCUGUGUAGUGGUGACAAUCAAUGGGAAGCGAAUCAUGUUCGACUGCGGAAUGCAUAUGGGGCAUCUAGACCACCAACGCUACCCCGACUUCUCUCUCAUUCCUAAACCCGAACCCAACCCGAACUUCGAUCACGCCCUCACUUGCAUCAUCAUCACCCACUUUCACUUGGAUCACGUUGGAGCCCUCCCUUAUUUCACGGAAGUCUGCGGUUAUCGUGGCCCCAUUUACAUGACGUAUCCGACAAAGGCAUUGGCUCCUAUAAUGUUGGAGGACUAUCGAAAAGUGAUGGUUGAGCGAAGGGGUGAGGAAGAACAGUUUUCUUCUGAUCACAUUGCUGAAUGCAUGAAGAAAGUUAUACCAGUGGAUCUGAAGCAAACAGUGCAGGUUGAUAAAGACCUUCAAAUCCGUGCGUACUAUGCAGGACAUGUUCUUGGAGCUGCAAUGUUUUAUGCAAAGGUGGGAGACGCUGCUAUGGUAUACACAGGAGACUAUAAUAUGACGCCAGAUAGGCAUCUUGGAGCAGCUCAAAUUGAACGACUAAAUUUGGACCUUCUUAUUUCAGAGUCCACAUAUGGAACAACCAUCCGGGAUUCAAAAUAUGCCCGGGAAAGAGAAUUUCUCAGAGCUGUUCACAAAUGCGUCGCUGGUGGUGGAAAAGUGCUAAUUCCAACAUUUGCUCUUGGGAGAGCUCAGGAGCUCUGUAUCUUGCUGGAAGAUUAUUGGGAGCGCAUGAAUCUAAAGGUUCCUAUUUACUUCUCAGCAGGUUUGACCCUUCAAGCCAACAUGUACUAUAAGAUGCUUAUCAGUUGGACCAGCCAGAAAGUUAAAGAAACGUACUCCACGCGCAAUGCAUUUGAUUUUAAAAAUGCUCACAAGUUUGACCGUUCUAUGAUCGAUGCUCCUGGACCUUGUGUUCUGUUUGCCACACCAGGGAUGAUCAGUGGUGGUUUUUCACUUGAAGUUUUCAAGCACUGGGCUCCUUCGGAAAUGAAUCUUGUUACACUGCCCGGGUAUUGCGUGGCUGGAACUAUAGGACAUAAAUUGAUGUCGGGUAAACCCACCAAAAUUGAUCUGGACAAGGACACGCAAAUUGAUGUGCGAUGCCAGAUUCAUCAUCUGUCUUUCAGUCCUCAUACAGAUGCCAAAGGGAUUAUGGACCUUAUCAAAUUUCUCUCCCCCAAGAACGUGAUACUUGUUCAUGGCGAGAAGCCUAAAAUGGCUACUCUAAAAGGAAAAAUACAGUCCGAACUGGGAAUUCAAUGUUAUGACCCUGCAAACAAUGAGACUGUCUCAAUUUCUUCAACCCACUAUGUGAAGGCAUUAGCUUCGGACGCAUUUAUCCGAAGCUGCUCAAAUCCGAACUUCAAGUUUUCGAAAAGCAGCCAAGAAGAUGAACACGGUUCAAAUUCGAGAAACAAUAAUUUCACUCCCCGACUGCGAGUAAGCGAUGAAAGGGUAGCAGAAGGGGUCUUGGUUAUGGAGAGAAACAAAAAAGCCAAGGUAGUACACCAAGACGAGCUUCUGCUCAUGUUAGGAGAAAAGAAGCACCAAGUUCGAUUUGCUUAUUGCUGCCCUGUCGAUAUUGGCAACUUGGGAGAGACCAAAAGUUCAACAACAAACGAUGGUCAGCUUUGCAAAUCUGAGACAUGCUCUCGGCUUCUUCGCCAAUUGUCUGCAAAACUGUCAAAUGAAUUUUCUCAAGGGAACAUCCAAGAUUUUGAGGAUCAUCUUCAAGUGGAGUCGUUUCAUGUGUCUAUUUGUUUGAAGAACAACUGCCCUUACAGAUUAAUGGAUGUUCAAAACAAAUCCCAAGAAGCAGCGUUUUUCUGCUGCAGUUGGGGGAUGGCAGAUGAGAAGCUUGCAUGGAAAAUCAUUUCCAUCUGUCAAAAUUUUAACGUACAUCAGCAUAAACAAGGGUGUCUGUAGCCUGGCUGACUCAUGUUGUUACUGAGGAUCUCAUGGAGCAGAGGGAGGACGCGUGUGCUUGAGUACAAGUGGACGACACAUCGUUGCGCCGCAAUCAGAGUGUCUGUCAGACGGCAUUACGGAGGACCACCUCGUGUAGUUCUGCCCUACCAGCACGUGUAGUUGUUGGCGGCACAAAGGGGUUCUGCUACCACCUUUGAAUUUUAGGUGAGUGAAAGGAAGCUAAUAAUUCUUCAUUAAAAAACAAUUCAAUAUAUAUAUAUAUAUAUAUAUAUGAAAGGACACUAGUUAUAUAUUCUUCAAGAACUUUUUUAUUUUUAUUUUUAGGUUGAGUGAAGGGAAAAUUGGAUUGACAACGUAUCGAAUAGAAUUUAAUGAAAGAAAGCGACCGCAUCUCUACAAUCAAAAAACAUUUGUAGUA